AUGCCGAAGCCCUUGAUUUUCCCAGCCAUUACCCAGCACAGAUCCACGGUGAUCAUUGCUCAUGGAUUUGGUGACAGUGGAAAUGGAUACGUCCCCAUCGUACGGAACUGGCAGGAGAGCGGCCUCUUCCAGGACACAAAGUUCAUCCUUCCAAGCGCCCCAGCAAUCAACGUGACAUCGGCCGGCGGGCGCUCCAUCCCAGCGUGGUUCGACAUCCGCGGCGAGCGCGGCCCACAGAACAACGACGAGGAGGGCAUGCUGCGCAGCCGGGACUUCUUCCUCUCGCUCGUGCGCGACGAGGUCGAGAGCCACGCCGUCCCCGCGUCGCAGGUCAUCAUGGGCGGGUUCUCGCAGGGCUCCGUGAUGGCGCUGCUGACGGGGAUCACGGCGGACGUGCAGCUGGGGGGCGUCUUCUGCCUCUGCGGGUACCUGCCGCUGGCGGAUGCCGUGCGGGAGAGCGGCCGGGGAGGAGGGGCCGGCAAGUUCCCCCACGCGAGGGAGGGGACGGGCAUGGAGGUCUUGAUGCUCAACGGGGAGAAGGACCCGAUCAUGAACCUUGAUUGGGUGGGGAAGUCGAGGGAUAUCGUCAAGGAGCUUGGUUAUCACGUCGACUCCAGUAUUGUUCCUGGCCUCGGUCAUAGCAUCAACCAAGAGGUACUCGAAAAGGUGGCGGCGUUUAUCAAGAGGGUUCAGGAGAAGGGCAGAGGUAAGCACGACGAGCUGUGA